AUGCCGGCCAUUCUGGCCGCCUCUAAGAUGAAGUCGGGACUACCCAAACCGGUGCACAACGCCCUGCCCAUUCCUCAGAUACAGAAUCCUGCCAGGUCCAGGACCUCCAGCCCUCACAGGGCCAGCCACCUCAGACACAGCCCCCUGAAAGCCCUUCACCGGCAGGGAGAGGACCAGGGAAAGGGAGAGGGGACCCCCACUCCCACCAAAACCCUCUCAACCAGAGAGAGUGAAGACCGAGAGGACCCUCAGGUCAGAGCACUGUUCUUUUCAAUCUCAUCUUUGUUACGUACUAAGACUAAAGGAUGAAACCUGGAGUAAACUGGGAUAAAAUAUGGGAUCUCUGCACCUGUUCAGCAUGCGUAGUUGGAUAGUGAACACUAUCGGCAUUUGCAGCUGCUGUGUAUAUAGGAGAGAUGCAGGCUAAUGUGUCUAAGGCACAUAAUGAUGAAUGGCAUGUGUGUGUGGUCAGUAGUGUAAACAUAUGUCACAGGUUAAAGCAUUAGUCAAAUGUUGUUUGAGGCUACGGUAGUGAAGGGGAGGAGUUAAUACUCUAAUCAGAUGGUCAUUCAGCGAUGCAGAUAGGGAAUGACAACCCUUCCCUUAUCAGCCAUCUUCACUGUCACUACAAUGCAAGGAAGUGUUUGAAAUCUGCUGUAAGGCAUUCACUUCAAUGGAUAUCUAAUUCUCUUCGACAUACCUUAGUUACUUUCUCACAGGGAAAUUUGAAAGACUAAGGUAUUUCAGAAUACAACAGCAGGCUUUGGCCUCAUGGCAGUUGCGGGUAUUUAUAUAUAAAUAUAUAUAUAUAUAUAUAUAUACAUAUAUAUACACACUACUGUUCAAAAGUUUGGGGUCACUUAGAAAUGUCAUUAAAAAAAAUAAUAAAAAAAAGUCCAUUAAAAUAACAUCAAAUUCAUCAGAAAUACAGUGUAGAAAUUGUUGAUGUUGUAAAUGGCUAUUGUAGCUGGAAACGGCUGAUUUUUAAUGGAAUAUCUACAAAGGCGUACAGAGGCCCAUUAUCAGCAACCAUCAGUCCUGUGUUCCAAUGGCACGUUGUGUUUGCUAAUCCAAGUUUAUCAUUUUAAAAGGCUAAUUGAUCAUUAGAAAACCCUUUUGCAAUUAUGUUAGCACAGCUGAAAACUGUUGUGCUGAUUAAAGAAGCAAUACAAUUGGCCUUCUUGAGACUAGUUGAGUAUCUGGAGCAUCAGCAAUUGUGGGUUCGAUUACAGGCUAAAAAUGGCCAGAAACAAAUAACUUUCUUCUGAAACUCGUCAGUCUAUUCUUGUUCUGAGAAAUGAAGGCUAUUCCAUGCGAGGAAUUGCCGAGAAACUGAAGAUCUCAUACAACGCUGUGUACUACUCCCUUCACAGAACAGCGCAAAGUGGCUCUAACCAGAAUAGAAAGAGGAGUGGGAGGCCCUGGUGCACAACUGAGCAAGAGGACAAAUACAUUAGAGUGUCUAGUUUGAGAAACAGAUGCCUCACAGGUCCUCAACUGGCAGCUUCAUUAAAUAGUACCCGCAAAACACCAGUCUCAACAUCAACAGUGAAGAGGCGACUCCGGGAUGCUGACCUUCUAGGCAGAGUUGCAAAGAAAAAGCCAUAUCUCAGAUUGGCCCAUAAAAAGAAAAGGUUAAGAUGGGCAGUCUGAGAUAUGGCUUUUUCUUUGCAACUCUGCCUAGAAGGUCAGCGUCCCGGAGUCGCCUCUUCACUGUUGACGUUGAGACUGAUGUUUUGCGGGUACUAUUUAAUGAAGCUGCCAGUUGAGGACAUGGUUAGAGCCAGUUUGCGCUGUUCUGUGAAGGGAGUAGUACACAGCGUUGUAUGAGAUCUUCAGUUUCUCAGCAAUUUCUCGCAUGGAAUAGCCUUCAUUUCUCAGAACAAGAAUAGACUGACGAGUUUCAGAAGAAAGCUCUUUGUUUCUAGCCAUUUUGAGCCUGUAAUCGAACCCACAAUUGCUGAUACUCCAGAUACUCAACUAGUCUCAGGAAGGCCAGUUUUAUUGCUUCUUUAAUCAGCACAACAGUUUUCAGCUGUGCUAACAUAAUUGCAAAAGGGUUUUCUAAUGAUCAAUUAGCCUUUUAAAAUGAUGAACUUGAUUAGCAAACACAACGUGCCAUUGGAACACAGGACUGAUGGUUGCUGAUAAUGGGCCUCUGUACGCGUAUGUAGAUAUUCCAUUAAAAAUCAGCAGUUUCCAGCUACAAUAGCCAUUUACAACAUUAACAAUGUCUGCACUGUAUUUCUGAUCAAUUGUAUUUUAUUUUAAUGGGAAAAAAAUUGCUUUUCUUUCGAAAACAAGGACAUUUCUAAGUGACCCCAAACUUUUGAACGGUAGUGUAUAUACAGGAGGAGAGUAGAGAGAGAGAAGAGAAGAGAGCGAGAGAUAGAGAGAGAGAGAGAGAGAGAGGAAGAGAUAGAGAGAGAUAGAUAGAGAGGAGAGAAGAGAGAUAGCGGAGAGAGAGCGAGAGAUAGAGAUCUCGAGAUCUAUAGAGCGAUCCAGCUCUUCGUCUCAGAUAGAUAUAUAUCUGCUCGAUAUUCGCUAGCGCUAGAUAGAGAGACGCGAAGAGAGCGAGACCCCUGUUUUAUUUUUUAUGUUGGCCAGUGUGAAUGGCAGACAGAUGGGUUUUAAGAGCUCUACACACCUGGUCUGGCUGAUGUCUGCAACGUGCAGUGUGUAUGCCUUUAUAUUCAUACAUUUGUACAACUGUACAAAGAUUAUAGUUAAACUGAAAGCGACUAUAGAUUAUAGUCCAGGAGUGCCGGUCUUGUGUCUAUAUUGCUGGCCUGGCCAUGUAUAGCCUAUGUGUAGUUGGCCGAUCCCGUAGCCCGCUGUCCCAGGCAGGCAGGGAGCAGUAGCUGAUGUUUUGCUUCAUGUGGUGGGGAGGAUGAAAGAUUACUGUGUAGCCUAUCAUUACACAGUGAGAGUGAACAGCGGUCAGGGGGUUUCCUGCAGCGCUCUAUUUGGAGUGGCAGUACUGUGCUGUGCUGUGGCUCAGUGUGCUCCACACUGCAGCCCAGCCCAACUGCAGAGUUCAUGGAGCUGGGGGCCAGGGGGCCCACUGGAGAGGAAACGGGAACACACAAGCAUAGAAUCAUAUUGUAUUAUUUCAUAUUUCCUUUUUAUUUUGUUGGCGUACCCUAAUGGGGGACAUAUGGUGAAAGAAUAGAAAGGGUUGGUAAAUUAUGAAGAGUUAGCCAGUGUGGUAUUUUGUGGCGUAGAACUAUCCCACUGGGCACAGACGUCAAUUCAACAUCUGUUCCACGUUGGUUCCACGUCAUUUCAUUGAAAAUAACUUAUUUUGAAAUGAAAUGACGUGGAAACAACGUUGAUUCAACCAGUGUGUGCCCAGUGGGAUGGCUUUUGCAAUGAAGUUAAUGAUAUUGGACAUUUUCUAUUGGGAUGUGUUUGUGAAACUUUGGACAAGCAACUACCAGACCUCAGUCUUAAGGUCACAGAUAUUUUCUGACUGGAAGCACAAAAUGUUCAUAAUGAAUUCUGUAUGCACAGUGAACUAGACAAGAUGGGUGAUUCCUUGAGUCUCAGCAUAUCAGUGAAGAAGAUCACAGUGAUUCUUGCUGCUGAUUACCUGCACUCUCUACACCAAUGAGAAUACACACAGCUUCACUUCCAUCGAAAAAGUGAUUUAUCAGCUAAAUUGAUACAGUACAUGACAUUGAGUAUAGUGAAGAUAUCUGGUAGUUAUAUGCCACUCCACCACACCUGCUGCUGAUGGCAUGAGUAGUGAGAUUAGCAGGCCUACUGUGCGUGGGGUGGGUGUCUGCUACAUCUGGUUUGGUCCUACCAGGAAGAGAGAAUCCCUUUAAGGCACCACCACAGCCUUCUUCUGCAGUAAACACACAUCCAGCUGGCCUGCACGGACUUCCAGACAAACAUCACCACAUACAGUGUUCCAUACCACCAGGCUGGUUACGUGUUUUUUUAUGUGAGAAUUACAUCCACACCACCAAAGGUCUGAAGUGGUGCGUAAUGUGUAAGGCUUGGUUGGGUGGAGUAGUGCUCGAUUGCUCUCUGCAAUACUACAAAAAAAGCAGGAUCAAAUGCAGCCGAAUUCUGAAAGAGGUUUUUGUGUGUGUGUGUAUUUAUGUGUGUGCAUGCAUUUGUGUGUGUGUGUGUGUGUGUGUGUGUGUGUGUGUGUGUGUGUGUGUGUGUGUGUGUGUGUAGGACAUGAAUAAUGUAAUACAGUGGCCUUGAGGAAGGAAGAGGAGGAGGGGGAAACAGUAACAUGAUGUGUUAGAAUAGAUUACCUCUGGUCCACUGACACACAUGGGAUGCACUGGCUACACACACACACACACACACACACACACACACACACACACACACACCAACACUGCCCCCAAGUGUUGGCUUUUCCCACCUGGACAGGACAGGACAUAGAUGAGGGAGCUGGAGGACCAUAGUGUUUAGUCUAAUUUAGUUUCGUUUAUUUUGCACAAAUAGAGAGACAGUUUGUAACAGUUAAGAAAACAAAAAUGGUACAUGCAGGAGGGAAAAAAAACACAAAAGUGCUUGUCGAGUAGCCUCCCCCCUAAUGGUCAUAAAUCACACAGAUUCAGUAGUGUGGACAAACAAACUAAUUAUAAAAUAAAAACUAGAUGCGAAAGAGGUAAUUUAAAUGAAAUCUAAGCAGAAAGUCAAGCUACUGGGGAUGUAGAUCUGUGAUGGACAAUGACGGUGUUAAACAUGACUAAUGCUUACUAAUGGACACCCCAGCUGGAUAGUGGAAAAACAUUGAUAUAUGACUGAAGUUAACUGGCUUGCUGUUAGACAUGCCAGCUUUACUAUAUGUCCAGGUAUGACUUCAAACAGUGUCCAGUUAUGGGCUAUGUCCACUCUGUCUUUAGCCCAGCAACCAUCAUUUUGAAAAGCAAGUGAAAGUGUAUAUAAUUCGAUGUUAUAUCAAGAAUAUUCCAUGUGAUUACGUUCACACCGUCUGCCGCACUUUGUGGUAGGUGUUUCUUGGCUCACACAGCGUCCGUAUGCUGUGAGAUAUGAGAAAGAGGAUCUACACCAUAGAGAUAGAUAGAGGAACUCUAGUGCCCAAAAGCCAGUUUUAGCAUGGGCAGCACCAUUGAGGACUUUUGAAGUAGUCGACUGGGUGGGACUUCCUAUGGGUUAAGGAAGGAUCAUAUAAUUCCAUCCAGGUCAUCAGGAGGGAUCAGCCAAUUAAUUAUACUCGUGAGCAAACAUUUCUUAACUGCAGGUGGCAGUAAAUUGCCCACCUUGGCUUUAUACCUGUUCAAACAACACACUCCAGGUGGCAGUAUGCGCCCUUUCAGUAUGUUUGCCAACUCAUAGAAGUAGUAGAUGAAGAGAAUGUACUACUCACAGACACCAUAAUGGGACAGAUACAAUGAUGCAAUGUCUAAGUCUAUGAUCUACACACACCUUCUCUGUCUGGUUGGAUAGGUAACUUAAGCCCUGAGUUUUUUGUUUUCAGUGGUAGCUAGCUAUAGGAAUGCUAUUUUGCUAUUUUGGGGGGGGCAGGUAGCUUAGUGGUUAAGAGCGUUGUGCCAGUAACCGAAAGGUCGCUGGUUCUAAUCCCUGAGCCGACUAGGUGAAAAAUCUGUCGAUGUGCCCUUGAGCAAGGCACUUAACCCUAAUUGCUCCUGUAAGUCGCUCUGGAUAGGAGCGUCUGCUAAAUAAAUAUAAAUUUUUAAAAUACAUUCUAGGAUGAUAUAAAUGGAGUUCAAAUGGCUGUUCAAGUUCUUCACAUUAAAUUUCACAGUUUCUGAAAGCAAAGUGCAAAUUUGUAACUAUUUAUCUAUAUUGAGCUUCAUGAGCUACUUGCUUGGUUUGUGACUUUUCAUUGACCCCAUUGUGUUGUGUUUUGUUCCAUAGUGAAAGUCAUAGCUUUAUCUAGAGGUUUUUUAAUGCAAAUCCCCCAGAAACAGAUCAGCAAAACACCAUGCAGGAAAACAGAAUAGCAACCUGUGUUGUGCUCUCAGCUGUUUUGUAAUCUCUUUAUAGUACCUUGAAAGGUGUACAUUUCUUAAAACCAUCUUUCUCUGCCAGUUUACUUUCUGUGGUCCACAUUAAGCACUCUACCUACCCUAGGUCACCUGUUCAGAUUUUCUGCCCGAUUUGUGCUCUUUCUUCAUCUGUUUCACUUUAAUGUCAGAUUACCCGUCUGGUGCCUCCCCCUUAACCCCCUGAUAACUCCCCUUAACCCCAUUGUGAUGUACUUAACACCCUGAUUCUCAUAGAGUGAAGACUCUCUGUGGAUCUGUAUUGUCUAGCUACAGUAUAAGCAUAAUAAUCUCAUAAACAGUUUGGGGCAAACAGUGUAGACUAUUUUCCGUCAGAUCAGACAGAUUAAAAAAAUUACUGAGAUGUUAAAAUGCAGCAGCAGUAAACUUCAAAUUAGGAGCAAAGCUCCUCAGAUUACAGACACCACACUCCGGUGCUCUCAGCCAGUGAGUUUCUGUCUUAAUAAGUGAUGUCAUGUUUCCUACUCUUUGAAAGACAUGAUUUCUCACUCCCAGAGCAAAACUUACAUUGUGCUCAGUGGCCUGAUUUCUGGAGGAAUGUGAGUAUCACGCCUUGGAAAGCGAGUGUGUUCUGAAAGGUAUUUGAAAGGUGUUAUCUACAGGCUAUUGCGUUGCCUAUAUUAACUAGUAAUGGUCUGUGAUUAUGUGAAUUGAUUGUGUUUCUAAUAUGUCAAUUGUAUUUCUAUGUGUUUUGUUGUUGGGCAGAUUUACACCGACUGGGCCAACCAUUACCUGGUGAAGUCGGGCCGUAAGCGACUGAUAAAGGACUUGCAGCAGGAUGUUACAGACGGAGUGCUACUGGCUGAGAUCAUACAGGUUGUCGGUAAGGACUUCCCUGGCAUUUUAUACUCUAUUGGUAACUUUUUUUAAAUCAGCAGAUCAAUUGGAAUUAUCUCUAUUUUCUGCUUCCAUGUAAUCAUUAUGCGUUUUGUAUUGGCUUUCCAUUGCAAUGCAAUGACAAGAACAAACUUGUGUUUUUUACAUGGUUAUCAUAUUAUAUAGCCUAAUAUCAGUAUGAUAUGAUUAGUAUGAUAUGUCACAGUGCCUCUCUCUUCUCUGGCCUCCAACUCAGUGGCCUCUAUGGUCUUUAUUGUGGAGAGGUUAGGCGGGAUCUUUAGGUUAGGAGGGUCUUUAAAAUCAGCAACUUGAGAUUCCAGCUCUGCUUUUAGCCUCCCAUAGUGGAUGAGAGGUUGAGCAGUGAAACCUGUCAUUAUUUCCUGUGUGUCUACACUGUACAUUAUAUUUAAGUGGGGUGAAUAGAGGGAAUGGGGUUAGUGAAAGCUAAAUGAGGAUCGUAGUGGUGGUAUUUGACUGAGACGGCAUCAGGUGCAAAACCCGGCUGCUUCCCAUGGUUAGGGUAAAUUAUUACUGCUUUUGGAUAGAUACUGUAUGAGCGUCUUCAAUGUGACUUGUCAUUGUGCAGGGAAAGUCCCUAGAAGGAUGAGUUACUUUCAUCAUUAAACAACCUCUUUCCUUUCUCUCUCUCUUUUCAUCUUUCAUUUCUAGCGAAUGAGAAGAUAGAAGACAUAAAUGGCUACCCAAAGAGCCAGACUCAGAUGGUGAGUGUUGUGUUUAUUCUAUAACAUAAGGGAACCAAUCCUCCAGCCCCUAAAACAGGGAUACCAGGGAGGCUUAAGCCUUACAAUACUUCAUAGUAUGGAUAAUGAGUUAUCGCAUGUGUGAUUAUUGUGCAAACACAACCGGAUGAUCCUUCCCAAAUCUGAAAUCCUGACGCUGAGUGAAAACCCUUGGUAGCAUCUGCUUCUUUCCUCACUGUUUCCUGUAAGAGAAUGGUCAGGCAUUUCUAGUGAUGCCCUACUGACACAGUAGGGAGGCUGUGGGGAGGCAUUAAAUAGACUGGUGUCCCACUGACACCCAAACAACCUCCCUUGCCUAUUUGGGAUUGAACCAGUCUUGUCUGUGCCCACAUACCUAUCCAUGGAUCCAUGGGUUAAACAUCCGUUCACCUCAUUAUUGUUGUUAUCACGCUCGACACAGUAGCCUCUAUUUUGUUUGUAUGAUAAUCCAAGAUAGUUAGUUUAAAGGCCCAGUGUAGUCAAAAACGUGAUUUUCUUGUGUUUUAUAUAUAUUUCCACACUUUGAGGUUGGAAUAAUACUGUGAAAUUGUGAACAUUUUAAUAAUGCCCUUUUAGUGUAAGAGUUUUGGUGGGAUGGAGUUUUAGCCUGCCGGGAGACAUCACAAGGCGGUAAAUUAGUUAAUAGACCAAUAAGAAAGAGAGUUCCAAACGUCUCUUCCAAUAACAGCUAGUUUUCAGUUUUCCCGCCCAUACUCAGACCACUCCAGGCAGUCCUAGCAAAAUUCUUGCUUGAGAAAUUGCUCUUUGCUAAAAAGCUACUUUUGUUUAUUUUUUGACUAUUUUCAUUGAAAACUAUCAUAGUAAGGUACUCAAUUGUUACCCAGAAAUGACUUGAUGUUAAGAUAAAAACGGCUGUAUUGGACCUUUAAUAUUAUUAGAUAUAUCUCCCUUGCUUACAAUUUUGCAGCUUAUUCUUUUUCUCUGACCUUAUUUCACUCCUACAAGCUGUCUGUCACUUGGACCACCUCCCUCAGUCUAAUAUAUCUAGUUCUCCUCUCCUCUCACUCUAGCUGACUCACCCUGGCUCACCCACCAUCACCACCUCCCUCAGUCUAAUAUAUCUAGUUCUCCUCUCCUCUCACUCUAGCUGACUCACCCUGGCUCACCCACCAUCACCACCUCCCUCAGUCUAAUAUAUCUAGUUCUCCUCUCCUCUCACUCUAGCUGACUCACCCUGGCUCACCCACCAUCACCACCUCCCUCAGUCUAAUAUAUCUAGCUCUCCUCUCCUCUCCUCUCACUCUAGCUGACUCACCCUGGCUCACCCACCAUCACCACCUCCCUCAGUCUAAUAUAUCUAGCUCUCCUCUCCUCUCCUCUCCUCUCCUCUCACUCUAGCUGACUCACCCUGGCUCACCCACCAUCACCACCUCCCUAACACAUUGAAUGACAGACCCCAUUUUUAUACAAUCGUUUUUCUCUUGCGGGCCAGAAAUUGGGAAAAUAUUAUUGAAAUAAUGAGUAGCUCUAUGAAUGGAAGUCUUUCAGUAAGCCAUGCUCCCUCAAAAUGAACUUCCUGGAGUUUAGCGUAAUGGGUGGGAAACAGUUUAGAUUUUAUCAGAAACACAUUGCUUUAGUUGUUGGGAAACUUCCCUGCUGUUACUAAUGGGUGAUUGUGAAUUGCAUGAAAAGAUCUGUGGUAAGGUCUGAAUUAAGAGAGGUUAAUGAUUUAAUUGCAUCCUGUAUGCUAGUCUAGUUCUACUUCUGUACUACUAUGUUUGAACUAUUUGAAGGAUGGUUUCUGCUUGUGGAUUAUACAGUAUUAUUUCAGCUUCCAUCAUUAGUGGUUGGUUAUAAUCCAUGGAGGACCAUAUGGUUCUAAAUUUGACUGAGAUUUUCCUACAUCUCAGACAAACAUUAAACCUAAUGUUACAUUAUCAUUGUAUGGGGAAUUUUUGCUAAUGUAUUACUCUGCUCUAUCUGUACUGACAAAGUACCAUGCCCUGACUCCUCUCUCCUCUCCCCCAGAUUGAGAACAUCGAUACCUGCCUAGGAUUCCUGGCAGCUAAAGGGGUGAACAUCCAGGGACUCUGUGCAGAAGGUACGUCAAACUGCCACUAUCUACCAGACACUCUCCCUCAUAUCGACUUUUCAUCUAGAGCAUCUAAUGAAUAACUCCAUGUUAGAUCCGACUGUGAAGAGGAAACGAUACCAAAGAUGCCAACCUCUCUGUCUCUCCACCUAUUGCAGAGAUCCGUAAUGGGAACCUGAAGACCAUCCUGGGCCUGUUCUUCAGCUUGUCCCGCUACAAGCAGCAGCAGCAGAAGGUGUUGAAGCAGCAGGCCUCUCAUCACCCAGAGCACAGCACCCAGCCUGGACAUACUUCCCAUGGGUCACCAACCCCCGCUCACACCCACACCCAUCAUACCCACAGCUCCACUGCACCAGCACACAAAGCAGCAUCAGAUAUGCUGUCCAGGUACAGUACCUUGUAACAACCCAACCUCCAGUUUCAACCCAUGGCAAGGUUGUUUACAUCAUCCAUUCGAAUUGUGUGUAGUCUCAUCUUCUGCGGUUUCCAUGCCAUUGGGUAGCAGGCCAUCUUCAUUCCACGUCUAUGAAUCUCUUUGCUUUCCAUUACUUAGUAUCUAUGAUCCUCUUGAUCUCAUUCAGUCUGUUUUCAGAUCUCUGUCUACUCUAAUAUUCUUUCUACCCAUCUUUUUCUCCUCCUUGCAGUCUAUCAUCCAAGGCUUCUUCCACUCAGAGUAAAGGGCUAAAGCUCUCUGUGGCUCAGAGAAAGUCUUCUAGGUCAGCUGUCAUCUAUCUCACUCUCCCCCCCCACACUCUCUCUCUCUCUCUCUCCCCCAAAGACACUGCAUGCUGCAAUCCACUCACACUGUAGAUACACCGUGUAUUGUGUUUGAAAAGCUGUUCCCUCCCAAUUCUCCCAACUCAUUUCAGGUUGUCUUGUAGUACGUUAGACUACUUUUGAUGUAUUAACACUUGCUUCCUGGUGUGUUUGCUGUGUGCAUGGUUUAGUAGACUGGAAGUGCUUUUCAACUUGUCCUUAAAAAAAAGUAUUCUGUUUUACUGUAUGUGAGUAUGUGCAGUAGCUUUUGAUGAGUUAGAAAAUGCUUAGCAUAAGGUUAUGCAAUAGCAACACCUAAUGGAAUAACUGUGCAACCACAUGCAUCUUUCUUGAGCUCUUGUCCAUAGAUCGUCCAUUCAAGUACUCACAAAAUGUUUAAUACACUCCUUAAGAAAGUUAUUUAGACUGAUUUGAGGAAUAUUAUUUCAUCCUCUUUAGGAGAUGAUCAUUUAUGUUUAUUGAACCUGUAACCUUUUCCCUGUGGCCCACAGACUGCCAGCUCCCACCAUGCGGGUCUCUGCCCCAGGCAGCGAGGGGAAGCACCGCGGGGCCUCCAACGGCAACCGCCGCAGCCAGAGCUUCAACCACUACGACAAGCCCAAGCCCUCCAGCAGUGAUAGAGGUGAGUUACAGUACAUGAGGAUGUAGGCCUGUGCUUUUAGAGCCGAACCACUUUGGGGACACCCAUUUUAUAAAUCAAUAUGUGGUCGUCCAGGGCAACAACAAAGAAAAAGAUCUAAACAUAUCUGGAUUCGGAGCAAUCUUGUCUAUCAUACAGCCAUUAGUUGUGUGUUGUUAGCUGGUUGUAGCUAGAGUAGAGCUGCGGGUUAAAGUCCUCUUCAUUAGAAGAAUGGUGUGGGAAACAGCUGUCUGCUGGGAGAGGACCAUUUAUCCACUACUGUGUGACUGAACUGUCAACAGUCACACCAUUAGAGGUGCAUUAACAGACUGGACCACAGGGAGUUGAGACGGCAUGGUUUCCCAGAGCCGGAACACACACAGACACACACAUAAAUAGCUAACCACGUAGACAGUUAUCCUAAAACACACACACAGACACAUGGACAGAUAACCUAUGUAUACAUGGUUUCUAUCUUUACAUGUUCUCUGCUGUUAGAGGAGCAGGUAAUGAUUUAACAACAUGGGUGCCCCUCAAGCUGAACUUGUGGCGUAGAGGCUCCUCUGUGGAUCGUUUGAGGUAAAAUGUUACACAAAAUUAAAGAUGUGAAUUAUGUAGGUGUAAUUUUACAUUAGGUCUUAGGUUUAGGUUUGAGGUUUAUUUGUAAGCGUAUGCUUUACAGAUAACCUUUAAGCCAUUGACAUUUCUGUUUGUGAAGUAAACAGCUAUUUCUGCACUCCAACACCUAUAAUUUCGUCUGGCUUGCUACCUCUUAUUUUAAUGAUGUGAGUAUUGCAAAGUGCUACAUUUGACAUAACAAAUGUUUGUUUUUUUUCUGUUUUUUUCUUCCUUUAAAAAAAUAUAUUUACAUUUACAUUUACAUUUUCGUCAUUUAGCAGACACUCUUAUCCAGAGCGACUUACAAUCCUUUAUUACUUUCCAACCCCACCACCCCUUCCCUAAUUGGAGUAAACUAGUGAACAACAAUGCUUAGGCCUCUACUUCCAGCUUAUACAUACUAUAUACAUUUUAUGGACACAGUCAAUUUUACAAUAAUUCUAUUUUGUUUGUUUUUACUCCUGAACUUCCUCUACCCACCUCGAUCAUUUUCAUGAUGUGCAUCCGGUUUGCUUCUAUAUGCCAUAUCUUUCUAACUGUGCUCUUUCACAAAGCUCUCAACCUAUAACCUAUAUACUUAUUAUGGACACAGUAUGCUUACAUUAUUAGUUAUCUUGUUGUUAUUAGUUGUUGUUAGUUGUUAUUAGUCCCAUCCAGUUUGCUUUAUUUUUAUAAUAUAUUACAUUUGAUCUUUCUUGAAUAAGUUUCUCCAUUUCUUUUUGUUUUUCCUCUAAUUUAUUCAUAACAAAUGUGUUACUUCCUCUCCUUUCUGAAGGCUAUAUUUACUGUUUAUUCCUGCCUGUGUGUUUGAUUAUAUUGUGGUGGACAUCACGUCACACCAUGGCUUUACAAUCGUAGUGGUGUAAAUAAAUCUGUCUGAAAAGAUGGCCUUGUUUGACGUAAAAUUAUACGUCUUAUAAUGUAUCCUCACUGUAAGGCUAAGUCCUAGAUUGAUAGAUUGAGUCCUCAAUGGUAUGAAGCCAGUCAGGCGUUACUCCCCCAGUACUCUGAUGUAUGUUAGUGAGAGCAGAGCAGAGCCGAGCAGAGCAGUGUGACAGUGGGAGUUAACUCUCUGGCCGGGCUGGGCCUGGAGAACCUAGUCUACAGUCUACUGAAGCCAACCUGUGGUAAGCUGCUGCUGCUGCUGUGUGAUGAGGCGUUCACUGUGCAUUGAUUGAGCCCUAAUUAGUGUACUUGUGGUAAAGAGAGGGAGGGAUAGAGACAGGGAGGGAGGGAUAGCGAGGGAACGAGAGACAAACAGAGAGGAAAGGGUAGAGAGGGGUAAAGAUAGGCAGUGAGGGAGAGAGUGGGACAGGGAGUCUCGUUAAAGUGAGUCUUGUAAAUAGAAAUAGAGAUAUUGUAGAGAGAGAGAGAUAUUGUGGAGAGAGAGAGAUAUUGUAGAGAGAGAGAGAUAUUGUAGAGAGAGAGGUAUUGUAGAGAGAGAGAGAUAUUGUAGAGAGAGAGAGAUAUUGUAGAGAGGAGAGAUAUUGUAGAGAGAGAGGAUAUUGUGGAGAGAGAGAGAUAUUGUGGAGAGAGAGAGAUAUUGUGGAGAGAGAGAGAUAUUGUGGAGAGAGAGAGAUAUUGUAGAGAGAGAGAGAUAUUGUAGAGAGAGAGAGAUAUUGUAGAGAGAGAGAGAUAUUGUAGAGAGAGAGAGAUAUUGUAGAGAGAGAUAGAUAUUGUAGAGAGAGAGAGAUAUUUUAGAGAGAGAGAGAGAUAUUGUAGAGAGAGAGAGAUAUUGUAGAGAGAGAGAUAGCCUCUUAGCUUGUUAAGUGUAGAUCUCUGGUAGAAAGGACAUAGUGAGAGUUUUACGGAAAUCAGAAAUGGUUAGUGUUCACUUCUUGGAGAGGAUAGAAGCAUGAUUGGAACUAUACAAUGACCACUGUCAUUCUUGACCUGUCAAUCAAGGAUCAUCUGAGAGGGUGAGUGUCUCUGAGUGACCAUCCCAUGGUGGUUGCCCAGCAAUGACGUCAUUGGUAUUGCCAUGCCAGGUACCAGUUCUGUUGUAGUGGCGUUUUCAGUCUGGGGGGAUACAGGAUAAUGCUAGUGAAACAGUCAAAGUUAGAGCUUGGCUGUAGGUUGUUUAUGUGUCUGUCUGUCCUCGACAAAAUGUGUAUUGUAUUGCAGUCAAUAGGAGAUUUGAUUUGUUGAAGUUAGUGUGGUUCCUCUCCGCUAGAACAGGACUGGAUGAUUAGCCCGGAUGGUGUUUCAUUUGUGUUUAUACAUGUGAAGGAACUUUCACUUUUUACGUCAUUUAGCAGACGCUCUUAUCUAGAGUGACUUACAUUAGUGAGUGCAUACAUUUUCAUACUAGUCCCCCGUGGGAAUCAAACCCACAACCCUGGCAUUGCAAGCACCAUGCUCUACCAACUGAGCUACACGGGACUACCAGUGUCUAAAGAACCAGAGCAGACUCUCUAACUCACUUAAACAUGCACAAUGUAGAUGUAUUUCCUUAGGCAGUGAAUGGAGACAUGAUGACUACAAUGAAUUCACCAUAUUCUGUAUACAAAAUCUUGUUCACCUCAAUUCUGUCAUACUAUAUGAUGUGAAUGGUUGUAAAUACACAGUUAUCCAAUGUUUUUCUAGUUACACCAGGUAGAUCAGAACACUUGUAUGUAGCCGCGAGUGACUGAGGUGAAAUGAAAUUCUCAUGAACGUUAAAGGGUUCCACAUAAACACUGUGAGCCUGUCUAGUAAUUGAGAAUGUUAACAGUUUCUCACUGCACUUCACUGUUAGACAGACCCUGGAACAGCUGCCUGGCUGGGAUGCUGUAAGCACACCAUUACACGGCACAGAGAAGUAUGUGGAGCGUCUGAAGCUACUGAGUAUAUGGUGUAACUAACUGGGUGUUGAGUGUCUCUGGAGAUUUGACCUGUAAACCAGAGCCUAGUGGUGGACACAGAGGCCAGGACACCUGCUGGGUAUCCCAGGGAUAUGUCAGGAUCAUGAGUAAGUGUCAGUGGAUGAGGCAGAUCACAUUUGUUGGGGAAGAAUAAACACUUUUUGGUGUUGAGUUGCGCAUAAGGAUUUGUUGGAGACUGUUAUCAUACAAUAGAACCUGGUGAGUAACACUUCUGAUAAAUGUUGCACUUAAAACACCCUACUUUCUAGCCAGGGUUAUGAAUAUAUACAGAUAUGUUGUGAAUUAUUGCAGAACUUAACAAGUGAGCCUGAUAACAAAUCAAGUCGAUGCUGCCUCUGAGGUCUAAAAACGACAUACACUGGGUGUACAAAACAUUAAGAACACCUUCCUAAUAUUGAGUUGAACCCCCAUAUUGCCCUCAGAACAGCCUCAAUUCGUCGGGGCAUGGACUCUACAAGGUGUCGAAAGCGUUCCACCGGGAUGCUGGCCCAUGUUGACGCCACUGUUGUGUCAAGAUGGCUGGAUGUCCUUUGGGUGUUGGACCAUUCUUGAUACACACAGGAAACUGUUGAGUGUGAAAAACCAAGCAGCGCUGCAGUUCUUGACACAAACCAUUGCGCCUAGCACCUACUAUCAUACCCCAUUCAAAGGCACUUCAAUCUUUUGUCUUGCCCAUUCACUCUCUGAAUGGCACACAUACACAAUGCAUGUCUCAAUUGUCUCAAGACUUUAAAAUCCUUCUUUAACUGGUCUCCUCCCCUUCAUCUACACUGAUUGAAGUGGAUUUAACAUCAAUAAGGGACAUCAAUAAGGAAUCAUAGUUUUCACCUGGAUUCACCUGGUCAGUCUAUGUCAUGGAAAGAACAGCUGUUCUUAAUGUUUUGUACACUCAGUGUAUAAGCUAAGUGAAUUGAGCUAUGUAUGUGUGCAAUUACUGUAUGUAUGUGUUACAAAACUCAACAUUGUUAGAGCGUUAUUUGUGAGCUGAGGUGUGUGUGUGACAGUUGUAUAUGGUCACUGGUGUUGAGUUGGCAAGAACAGACAGGCUUUCAUGAUUGACUCUCCCUCCCAGGUACUCUGCAUAGCUUGCUCUCUAAACUGUACACCACCCGUCGCUGAUGUUUGGGUUUGAAAUGUAAACGUCUGCUAGCUGUGGCAGUACAUUUUUGCUUACAUUAUACACCUCCCCUCAGGCAUAGUAAAAGGACAGGUAUGUGGCUGGGCUUACUCUGAAAGUGUGCCUACUUAGAGUGGAUUAACAUCUGAAACUGGUUUCCCUACUAGUUGUUGCCCAUGUAGACUACUGGACUUAGAGGUAGGUCAGAUAUGCUUAAAGAAUAUUAAUAACAAUAGAUUUUCCUGCUAAUUGAUAAUUAAAUAUCUGCAUGUUAAAGAUUGCUGGUGUACUCUAAAUUAUACUGAGAAAUAUGUCUUUUUUGGUUCAGAACUGUUUGCAAUUAAUAUUUAGAUAAUUUUGCACUGCAAUUUUGGAGUGUAUUUCAUGACUGUUAUACCAAAUUGUAGAUAGAGUAUGUGUUUACUCAGCAUGUAAUUCACAGAGUAAUAAUUUUGUAUUGCAUUAGAUCAGUAUUGUGUGAAGCCCAGUGUAGCCAUGGAGGCCAGUGUGAGUGACUGACUGACUGACAGACUGACUGACUCAGCAGAGAGUUCAUCCCAGGUGAGAACGACUGCCCCCUUUCAUUGAAGCCACGGAGGUUCAAGGCUGAUCGUGGUACUGCAGGCAGGCAGGCAGGCAGAAAACAGGAUCCCCCAUUAUAGUGAAUGGAAAAAUUGCAAUCUUCGUGAUCAAUCUUCGUGGUCAAUCUUCAUGGUCAAUGUUUAGAAGACAAUCAUGGUACCAAUAAUUGCUUCUAAUACACCAGAUCUAUGUCCUUGAACCAAUUUAUACAAAAAUUGCACACAGAAGACGUUAUAAGGAUAAUUUAGUUUCUAAUGGCAGCCUGCAGUACUCCGGUCGGCCUUCAACUUGAGUUACUCAAUGAGAAGGGGCAGCACUGAGCUACCCUGCAACGUUACCUCCUGGAGUAGCUCGAACUGCGCAUGUUAUGUCUCCAUGAGAUGCCAUCUUAACCGACUUAAUUUGGCUUCAAUGCGCUACUGAGUCUUCAUAUAGGAAUGAAUGGUGUCACGUGAUCGAUGGCUUUGUCAGGGAUGGUCCAUCCCUUAUCCCAACUACAGCUAUUCAAUGAGAGAUCUUUAUCUACAGCAGACACUCUGUCCUCCCUCAUCUCUCCCUGCCUCUGUUUGUGUAUCUCCACAGAGAGAAGCUCCACGGCCUCUCCCAUCAUGACUGAUCACGGUCUGUCUCCAGGGCCCGUCAAUGGCUACUCUUCUUCCUCCUCUUCCUCCUCCAUCCCCCAGCCCAAUGCAGGCAACAACAGCAAGCCCUGGAGGAGUAAGUCCCUGAACGCCAAGCACAGCGCCACCUCCUCCAUGCUGUCCGUCAAGCAGGACCCUCCCACCAGGCAGCCCGUGGCCCCGCCCCUAGAUGUCCCCCCUAAAGUCAUUGCCCAGAAGUCCAUGCUGGAGAAACUCAAGAUUUUCAACAGCAAAGGAGCCUCCAAGGCAGCUGGAGUCCUGACUGACAGUCCGACGAGGCAGGAAACCAUGGCGAUGGAGGUGCACCCCACCAGCGUGGACCCCCUGGAAGAGGCAGAGGGGAACUCCCGGCCCCCCAGCGCCAUGGCGACCAGCCCCAAACUGGCUCUGAAGGGCAUUGCCCAGCGCACUUUCAGCCGGGCUCUCACCCCCAGGAAGAGCUCUCUGAAGACUGGGGAGAAGGAGAAAGACAAGGCCAGGUCCAAGGAGAGAGACAAGGCCCGGGAGGAAGGCUCCAAGUGGGGGUCAGUCACAGAGCAGGAGGUACCCAGGGACGACACCAGGCAGGAGGGAGUAGGUACAGACGCAGGAGAGCCCAAGAGGAAUGCUAAGAUCACCAGCUUCAUCCCAAAAGGAGGCAAGGCUGGCAGUGGCAAAAAGGAGAGCUCAGCCUCAGCAGCACACAGUGGAAUACCAAAGCCAGGGUCCAAGGCAGGUAAGACCUCAGGGGCGCCCUCUUCUGGUCGAGAUGGAGAGAGGCCCCGCAGUUUGAGGGCCGGUGGGGGUGGUGGUCUCUCGGUGCACAAGGGCCAGCUGGACAACAGAAACUCCAGCCUGGCCCCCUCUGAAGGGAGGUCUCACCAUCACCACACCAACGGAGUACCCCCAGUCGCUACCACAGCCAGCAAUACCAUCAGUGUCCAGCUUCCUCAUCCUCAGCAGCAAUACAACCACCCCAACACUGCUACUGUUGCACCAUUCAUGUACAGGUACUAUGCCUACUUUGAUGUACAGAAUUUUAGCUUUCAUAGUUUGAUAGUAGGAAUAUACCACAAUGUCAAACAUUUUAUACAUACCACAUGACAAACCUUUUUACCGAUUGUCAGGAAUCUGUAUAAGCUUCAAUUAUAGUCAAUGAUUAAUUGGAGAGGACCGAGCUACAUAUACUCACUGGCAACUGUUUACUCCUGAUGGAGUGCAGAGGUAGAGAGAGGCACAGAGAGGUAGACUGAGAGAGGGCUAUGUGACAUCUCUCCUCCUUGUCUUGUUGUUGCUGUCUUGUCCUGUAGGUCUCAGCCAGAUGUGACCAGAGCAGACAUGAUGAUGGAGGCAGCAGGGUCAAUGGAGGGUCACAGAGAGACUGCAGCCUACAGCAAAUCAGCACACAACUCCCUGGAUGACCUCACAGGUAAGACUGGCUCACUAUGAUGUACAGUAUAUGUGUAGCUGAACCUCACAACGUCUGUUCACUGGUUAAAUCUCAUAUCUUUCCAAGCAUACUAGAGAUAAUUUGUGAUUGCUGAGUGGUUAUUCAAGAGAUUCCCGCCACACUGUACAUGUAGAUUGAAACAGGGCAUUUACAUACUGUGCUUUGAGACUUCAAUUUCCGUAUCGGUUUUUCUUUGGGCUUUUUUUUACUGUUCUGGUAAAAGACAGUAGUUAAGAAGAUGAGAGUAUUGUGAACUACAAAUUUCAAAUCAAAUCAAAAUCAAAAUCCUUUUUUUUUGUCACAUGCGCCUCACCUUACCGUGAAAUGCUUACUUACAAGCCCUUAAACAACAAUGCAGUUUUAAGAAAAUAAGAGUUACAAAAAUAUUUACUAAAUAAACUAAAGUAAAAAAAGUAACACAAUAAAAUAACAAUAACGAGACUAUACAGGGCCUUCGGAAAGUAUUCGCACCCCUUGACUUUAUACAGCCUUAUUCUAAAAUGGAUUAAAAUCCUCAGCAAUCUACACACAAUACCCCAUAAUGACAAAGCGAAAACAGGUUUUUAUAAAUGUAUAAAAAAAUAAAAUAAAAAUACCUUAUUAAUAUAAGAAUUCUGACCCUUUGCUAUGAGACUCGAAAUUGAGCUCAGGGGCAUCCUGUUUCCAUUGAUUAUCCUUGAUGUUUCUACAACUUCAUUGGAGUCCACCUGUGGUAAAUUCAAUUGAUUGGACAUGAUUUUGAAAGGCACACACCUGUCUAUAUAAGGUCCCACAGUUGACAGUGCAUGUCAGAGCAAAAACCAAGCCAUGAGGUCGAAGUAAUUGUCAUUAGAGCUUCGAGACAGGAUUGUGUCGAGGCACAGAUCUGGGGAAGGGUACCAACAAAUUUCAAUGCAAAUAGUCCGGGUAGCCAUUUGAUUAAUUGCUCAGCAGACUUAUAGCUUGGGGGUAGAAGCUGUGAAAAAGCCUUUUGGACCUAGACUUGGUGCUCCAGUACAGCUUGCCGUGCGGUAGCAGAGAGAACAGUCUAUGACUUGGGUGGCUGGAGUCUUUGACAAUUUCUAGGGCCUUCCUCUGACACCCUCUAGUAUAGAGGUCCUGGAUGGCAGGAAGCUUGGCCCCAGUGAUGUACUGGGCCAUUUGCACUACCCUCUGUAGCGCCUUAUGGUCGGAUGCCGAGCAGUUCCCAUACCAGGCGGUGAUGCAACUGGUCAGGAUGCUCUCGAUGGUGCAGUUGUAUAACUUUUUGAGGAUCUGGGGACCCAUGCCAAAUCUUUUCAGUCUCCUGAGGGGGAAUAGGCGUUGUUGUGCCCUUUUCAAUGACUGUCUUCAUGUGUUUGGACCAUGAUAGUUUGUUGGUGAUGUGGACACCAAGGAACUUGAACCUCUUGACCCACUUCACUACAGACCCAUCGAUGUGAAUGGGGGUGUGUUCGGCCCUACUUUUCCUAUAGUCCACGAUCAGCUCCUUUGUCUUGCUCACGUUGAGGGAGAGGUUGUUGUCCUGGCACCACAAUGCCAGGUCUCUGACCUUCUCCGAUAUAGGCUGUCUCAUCGUUGUCGGUGAUCAGGCCUACCACCGUUGUCGUCAGGAAACGUAAUGAUGGUGUUGGAGUCGUGCUUGGCCACGCAGUCGUGGGUGAACAGGGAAUACAGGAGGGUACUAAGCACACACCUCUGAGGUGCCCCGUGUUGAGGAUCAGUGUGGCAAAUGUGUUGUUGCCUACCCUUACCACCUGGGGGGUGCCCGUCAGGAAGUCGAGGAUCCAGUUGCAGAGGGAGGUGUUUAGUCCCAGGGUCCUUAGCUUAGUGAUGAGCUUUGUGGGCACUAUGGUGUUGAACGCUGAGCUGUAGUCAAUGAACAGCAUUCUCACAUAGAUGUUCCUUUUGUCCAGGUGGGAAAGGACAGUGUGGAGUGCAAUUGAGAUUGUGUCAUCUGUGAACCUGCGGUAUGUGAAUUGGAGUGGGUCUAGGGUUUCCGGGAUGAUGGUGUUAAUGUGAGCCAUGACCAGCCUUUCAAAGCAAUUCAUGGCUACAGACGUGAGUGCUAUGGGGCAGUAGUCAUUUAGGCAGGUUAUCUUGCCGUUCUUGGGCACAGGGACUAUGGUGGUCUGCUUGAAACAUGUAGGUAUUACAGAUUUGGUCAGGGAGAGGUUGAAAAUGUCAGUGAAGACACUUGCCACUGGCCAGUUGUCUGAGCAUGCUCUGAGUACACAUCCUGGUAAUCCACCUUGUGAAUGUUGACCUGUUUGAAGGUCUUGCUCACAUCGGCUACGGAGAGCGUGAUCACACAGUCAUCCGGAACAUCUGGUGCUCUCAUGCAUGCUUCAGUGUUGCUUGCCUCGAAGCGAGCAUAAAAGGCAUUUAGCCCGUCUGGUAGGCUUGCGUCACUGAGCAGCUCGCGGCUGGGUUUCCCUUUGUAGUUCAUAAUAGUUUGCUAGACCUGCCACAUCCGACGAGUGUCAGAGCCGGUGUAUUAGGAUUCAAUCUUAGUCCUGUAUUGACGCUUUGCCUGUUUGAUGGUUUGUCUGAGGGCAUAGCGGGAUUUCUUAUAAGCGUCCGGAUUAGUGUCCCGCUCCUUGAAAGUGGCAGCUCUAGCCUUUAGCUCGGUGCGGAUGUUGCCUGUAAUCCAUGGAUUCUGGUUGGGAUAUGUAAGUGCGGUCACUGUGGAGACGACGUCGUCGAUGCACUUAUUGAUGAAGCCGGUGACUGAUGUGGUGUACUCCUCGACGCCAUCGGAUGAAUCCCGGAACAUAUUCCAGUCUGUGCUAGCAAAACAGUCCUGUAGCGUAGCAUCCACGUCAUCUGACCACUGCCGUAUAGAGCGAGUCACUAGUAUUUCCUGCUUUAGUUUUUGCUUGUAAGCAGGAAUCAGGAGGAUAGAAUUAUGGUCAGAUUUGCCAAAUGGAGGGCGAGGGAGAGCUUUGUAAGCGUCUCUUUGUGUGGAGUAAAGGUGGUAUAGAGUAUUUUUUCCUCUGCUUGCACAUGACAUGCUGGUAGAAAUGAGGUAAAACUGAUUUAAGUUUUCCUGCAUUAAAGCAUUUUCUUGUUUGCUUAUGGCCUUAUACAGCUCGUUGAGUGCGGUUUUUGGUGGUAAAUAGACAGAUAACUCUCAUUAGCGUCAAAGGAUCCUGUCCAUGGAAACUAUUUUUUCAGCCUGGUAUUGUUCCCAGGCACAAAUGAGGGUCUCUCUUCCCGGCUAUACAUGUCAAUACUCUAUAGCGAGGACUGAAUCAAAAUGCCACCAUGGAGGGCAAAAGCCUCAGUUCCCUGUGGAUUCUUUUUAGCCUCUUCGUAAUGGAUCGGAGAUAUUGCCUCAAAGUUCCCAAUGAUUUGGCAGGCCCACACAGUCUGUCUGAAUGCAAUUAACAUCACUGUUAAUGCUGCAUACAGAGUGAGUGGAAAAAUGUUCUUGGAAACUCUGAAUUUGUCAGCCAGGAAGUAAGUGGGUUUAUGUUGGUUGGUACUGUUCAUUUGGAUAGCUGCUCUGCUGCCACACAGGAAACAGAAAAAUAUUGAGAUGGAAAAAUAAAGAAAAGUGAAACACUGUUUUCUUAUUGAGCUUUUUAUGAAUUGCAAGACUUGUUGCGUGACUGUGGAGAGAGAGGCUUGUUUUGACCCUGGAGUUGACUGGUGAAGUGAUGGAGUUUUGUCCUGAGGCAGCCCCAGCCCGGGCUCUGUGUCUCUAUGUCUACCAUGGCAGCCAGGAGGGAGAGAAAACGCCAGGGGCUGACUGA